UUGUUCAAUGAUGACGACGAUGAGUGGAGCUCGGAGCGCGGUUCUGCCCAGGGUUCUCGUGUUGUUGGGUCUGGUAGGGGUAGUUGCGUCCCACGGGUACCUCCUUGAGCCCCCUCAGCGUUCCAGCAUGUGGCGUGUGGGUUUCGGUACUCCUGUGAACUACAACGAUAUGGAACUCAACUGUGGCGGGAAACAGAGACAGCACCAGAUGAAUGGCGGUCGCUGUGGUAUUUGUGGAGACGCCUACGACAGCAUCAUACGUGACAACGAGGUUGGCGGUAAGUACGCCAACGGCAUCAUUGUUCGCUCCUACCGUGUCGGUAGCGACAUAACGGCGACAGUCCGUCUGACGACUUAUCACAAGGGGUACUUCGAGUUCAGACUCUGCCCAGAUCCCAGCACAUCCGGUUAUGGAGUACAGGAUUGUCUGAACCGGUUCUUGAUGCCAGUGCGCAUGCUCGGUAGCGGAGAAGGAGGCAAGGAAAGGUUCUUUCCAGGCGCAGGAAACAGCGAUUACGUUCUUCAAGUUUCACUACCCCCGGGAGUCACGUGCAACACGUGCCUGUUUCAAUGGAGAUACGUCACAGGCAAAGACUGGGGUCGUGACCCGGAAGCGGAAGAUGGAUGCGUUGGAUGUGGACCCCAAGAGUGGUUUGUCAACUGCGCAGACGUCAACAUAUACGCCACAGACGCACCCACGCCAACGACGCCACAACCUUCCACAUACAGCACGACAUCAACAACAACAACAACAACUACGACAACGACAACCUUACGUCCAACUACACGAACCGUUCCGACGUCUGGCGAUUCCUCUAAGUGUGUUGCUGCGGACUCUUUCGCCCGUGUUCCCGGCAUGAACACCUGGUGCCAACAGCUCUGUCCCCGCUUUUGUCCCAGCACGCACUGUGUUUGCGCAUAGGACCUUGGCAUCCGGUUAAUCUACGUAUCUCUGCUCGACUCCGCCCAAAUGAAUCAGGAAUGUCAGGAAUCCACAUUGAAACUAGUUUCGCGCACGUUUCUAUGACAUGACAAAGCGAAACAGCAGCCGCGAUACUUUUCAUCGCAAUACAAAUUGAUGCCGAUUUAUUUUGUCUUCAAGUCAAAGCAACACCUAGUUUCGGUUAAGCAAAGAAUUUUCAAAAAUGGCUGUCAUUUUAUACGAACUACAUGCGGAUCUUGCGAAGACUGAAUUGAAUCCACGAAGAUCCACGAAGAUCCAAACGACAUUGCUGUCAAAGAUAUUACGAAAGUAACGGAAUAAGCCGAGUGGACCAGAGUGCGUAUCUUUCAUCCCAAGUAGCAUUCUCUAACUCGUCUUUGUAAUACUUGUGAAAGGUGACCCCCAUGGUUGUGUAGUGGUUGAAGCGUUCACCGUCACACAACAAGUCCGGGUUUGGUUGUCAACCUGAAUAAAACGUUCAUACUGGAAGCACAUUACAGGUUUUCCCGCCGUGACAAUGAUGCAAUAUUGCUCACACAUUACUUAAUACCCGGUGUCAUGCGAUAUUUGUUUUUGUAAACUGCCGGCUGUUUGUGUGGCUGCUCGGUCUGUCCCUGUGUUGUUUGUACACUUUGAGCAUUGAUGAAAUCGAACUAUCUACCUCUCGACUUAUAAUACUGAAAAUAAAGCAUUCAAAUACUU